ACGUGCUCUUACCAUUCGACGUGCGCACGCGACAGUCAUGAUCGCUAAGUUAUUUAUGUUAUGCUGCGCGUGCGCCGCCGCGGUGGCUGCGCCCGGCAUCUACGGAGGCGUCGGCAUUGCGUCGCCCUACGCACCCGCCAUUGCCGCGCCGGCCUACGCAGCGUCGUAUGCCCCAGCCAUCGCCGCCCCAGCCAUUGCGCACGCGGUGGCCGCACCAGCGUACGCAGCUCCAUUUGUCAAAGCAGUCGCUGCUCCCGUGGUACGAGCUGAACCAGUGGACCCCAACCCGGCCUAUAGUUUCUCGUACGGCGUAUCAGAUCCUGCCACGGGUGACCAAAAGGACGCCUCCGAGACCUUGCAGAAUGGUGUUGUGCAGGGUUCGUACAGCUUAGUGGAGCCUGAUGGCCACCUGAGGAGGGUGACGUACACUGCUGACAAGAUUAACGGCUUCAACGCCGUCGUGGAGAGGACCGGAGGUGCUCAUGGAGUGGCAGCACCGGUAGCGGUAGCAGCUCCCAUAGCUAAGGUGGUAGCGCCGGCACCAGUGGCAGUCGCCGCGCCUGUUGCAAGAUACACGCUACCAGCCGUCGGCGUUGCACACCCCUGGGGUUAGCCCCAACAAUGACCUUUAGCUUGCUGUAUUAAUGACCGGGGUAAAUUCUACGGACGACUGUACGCUUUGUGAAAGAUACAGUGCUAGGUUAAGCAAAAUUAUGAAAUAGUCAAUUGUUUGCAUCUAUUUUCUUGAUGUCAGAUUAAUUUCCUAUGUUAUAUAUGAAUAACCUGGCGCUGAUAGAGGCAUGGUUUUAAUAUUGUUCCUUUUGACCAGUCGUUAUGAUUUAUUUUAGGACAAUGUGCCUUUCGGAACAGUAUUUAAAGCUAUAAUAAAGAAUGGCCAAGUAUGUAUUAACAUUUAGUUUUGGUUAAUGCUAUUUAUAUCGUUAACUAUAACUUCUCGAAGUGUUUAAUAGUUUAGAAUUUGUUUUGUAGCGAGGAAAUGUUUCGGACAGUUAGUUAGUUGGGGUGGUUUUUGUUGAGUAUUAUAAAAAUAUGUUUUGAUAUUUACCUCGUUUGUCAAUACAGCUCUAUACUGAAACUAGCCUGGAUCAGAUUGAUGAAUAUAAAAUGUUUAUUUAAAUAAAUACUUAGUACUACUUUGACUGUUGCCUACGGACUUGAUCUUGACGUAUUUACUUAUGUACCUAUAUGUAAAUAUAAUGUGUAGUUGUUAACAAAUAAAACCAAUAAAUGCAAGUUUUG